GAGAGAGAGAGAGAGAUGGGGGACCGUCACCGGCGGACCCAGAGACUCGGGAGUCUCGCCACCAAGUCCCGGGUCUCCAAGGAGACGAAGCUCCGGCUGCGCGUCAUCUUCCUCGAUGACAGCGAGCGCACGUUCGAGGUGGAGCAAAAGGUUCUAGGAGGCGACUUCUUCAACAAAGUGUGUGGUCAUCUGAAGCUGCUGGAGAAGGAGUACUUCGGACUGGAGUUUAGACACCACAGCGGCAACUAUGUUUGGUUGGAGCUGCUGAAGCCACUGGCCAAACAGAUUAAAUACACCAACGAUCUCUUCUUCAGGUUCAUAGUCAAGUUCUUCCCACCGGACCCGGGGCAACUUAAGAGAGGCCUGACCAGGUAUCUUUUUGCCUUACAGAUAAAGCAGGACUUGUCCAAUGGCAGUCUCACCUGUAAUGACAACAGCGCCGCCCUGCUGGUCUCUCACAUAUUGCAGUCAGAGCUAGGGGACUAUGACGAGGAGCUGGAUUGUCACCAUUUAGAGAUGAAGCAGUACGUCCCCAACCAGGAGUACCUAGACCACAAGAUCAUCAAGUUCCACAAGAAACACAGAGGUGUGUCUCCAGCGGACUCGGACAUCCACCUGCUGGAGGUGGCGAGGAAGCUGGACAUGUAUGGCAUCAGGCCUCACCCAGCCCACGACGGAGAGGGAAUGAGGAUCAACCUGGCCGUCACACACUCCGGAGUACUGGUCUUUCAGGGAAACACCAAAAUCAACACUUUCAGCUGGGCGAAAAUCCGCAAGUUGAGCUUCAAGCGCAAACAUUUCCUCAUCAAACUACACGACAAAGUUGGGCCCUCGUGCAAGGACACCCUGGAGUUUUCCAUGGCCAGCCGGGAUGUGUGUAAAUCAUUCUGGAAAAUGUGUGUAGAGUACCAUGCCUUCUUCAGACUGACCGAGGAACCAAAGGCAAUACACAAAACACUGCUUUCCUGUAAGGGCUCCAGAUUUAGAUACAGUGGGCGGACACAGAAACAGCUGCUGGAGUGUAUGGGACCAGGGGAAAAGAAGCCUUCACAUUUUGAGAGGACUUAUUGUCAGUCAGACUGCGAUCCCAGACAGUGUCGAUCGUCUCCUGAUCUCCUCACCGACGUCUCCAAACAACUGUAUGAGCACUCGCAUCCCUUCCCUCGGUCGGGCCGUGCCUUGGCAGUCCGCAGUCAGGACGAGUUGGACCCACAUCACCGGGUCAAAGACGACAUUGAAAUCAGGGGAGGAGGGGCUAAACGCAGCCAAUCAUCGGUCGAGGUCACCCAGAGGUCUUACCCUCUCUCUCAAGUCACGCCCCUCUCUCCUUCUCUCCACCAACCAAUCCCCUCACCGAAGGUAAGAUCAGCUUCAACAUCUGUGAUGGAGGACGUGAGGGGUGGACGCAUCGGGGCGCAGCGCCAAGCCCAAAGGUUAGCUGGAGUUUAUGGCAACCGAUCACGACGUCGGCCCAAUCCCCAGCCACACCCGGACGCCGCACAGCAGUUGGUUCUUCUUUACCCAAACAGUCCUUCCUACCAGUAUCACCCCAUCCUCCCAACAUUUCCGUUAGCUGGUUCCACACCGCUCAACCGACACCCCUACUUGACGGACUAUGUUGCUGUUUCUUCGCUGGAGCGUUUCCCACAGGCAAGGAGGCGGGACUAUGUGACAAUGGAUGGGCUAUCGCGGCCACCUUUCUACCCACUAAGCCAGGAUUCGUCGUCUCUUUCACCGAACAGGAGGAACCUCCGCCCCUCUGGCUCAGGUGGGCUGGGAUUGGCCAGGGUUUACCAGCCGGGAAGCAACGGAGCGAGGUUCUUGGGCACAGGACAUACAGAGGCAGGGCAUUACAGCGACGACUGCAAUUUCCUCCCGGGGUUGCCUCGCCGCGUGGCAAGCCAACCAGAUGUCAAGUUCCACCUCUCAAGGAGUUCAAACCCCACCUUUAACCCUGCCUCUGAGUUUCGUCCCCUUGGUUACUACCCCCACCUGACACGCCCCUCCAGACCCACCUACCUCCCGCUAAACUCCUCCCCUCUGCCUGAACGUCCCAACUCGCUAUGCAUGAUCGGAGGAACCACGGGGAGCUAUAGCGAUUCGGACCCGGAGGUUUUCUAUCCGUAUUACUGCCAACCACCCCCGCUGGGGAACAUAGUACGGUCUGCCGGACUAGCCAGGAUGAGGUUUUCCUCUGGCAGCCUCCAACUGGAUGAGGAGGAAGAGGGGGAGGAGGAAGAGGAGGACGAUGGAGCAGCGAAGGAGAAGGCAAAUAAGGACUUAAAGGGGGAAGAGGUGAAGGAAGAAAAGACAGAAGGAAGAGACGAGACUAAAGGUGCUGCGAAGGUUACAGAGGUCACACUGUAGGUGAAGAUGAAAACACUUUACUCAUGGAAACAGUGAAAACGUUCGUGAUGAUUACAUUAAAAAAAAGGCAGGAUGGUUUUUAAAAAGCACAUCCACCACAGACUAGGUAAAACAAGACAAUUGUAAUAAAUGUGAUUAAUCUGUGUGAAUGAGAAGCGUAUUGUUGAGGUGUACUGGCAGAUGAAAUGUACUGUUUUUGCCUUGCUUUAGUAAAAAAACCUCCGCUUCUGAAAAGUAAUCCGGCUGCUGUUCAACAGCCGCAUUAUGGGUACAACCACACUAAAUUCUGAGUAUUAAUACCGUCACCGACCGUCAAUUCCAGCCAUCACCCACGGUCAUUCGGGGAAGGGCCUAGGCUCACCCUAUGGUGAGGAGCUCGGACAUCCGGAGGGAGCUCAGAGUAGAUGCCGCUGCUCCUUCACGCCGAAGGAAGCCAGUUGACGUGGUCCAGGGGCAGCUGGAAAACGUUGCUGGAGAGAGGGACAUCUGGACUACCUUGCUUAACCAGUCCCUGCAUAAGUGGCAGAACAUGGAUGGAUGGCUUUUAUUUUUGUAAGUUUGGCUAUAGGAUCGAUCUGGUAUGAUAAAGAUCUAGUCAAUGUAACUGCUCAGAUCUAGGCACAAGGCAACACUGCUAAAAAAAACAAAAAACAAAACCUGAGAUGUGGCAAGAAACAAGUGGUCAGAUGAUCAGACAGGUUGUAAUCAAACCCCCACUUUUAGUCAGGCUUAUUUGGAAGAGAAAAUGAAGAUGAUAUCCAAACUGUCCAUUGUAAGCAUCCAUCACCUGCUGUACUCGGCGUAGCUGUGCACACUCAUAGUUUAGUGGAACUGGAUUAAAAUCCACUUGACCACUGUUUAAAAGAAUACUUUGAAGACUUUGAUAUGAAAUUUUGAGUGUUUUGUCAGUGUGGCGAUUAUGUAGGGUUGGGAAACUUUCGGGGUGAUCCUGUUUGGGUAACGUAUUUGUUAUUUUGUAUAAAUGGUUCUUGUGAAUUCUGUAGGAAAAUGUGAACUUGAACACUUUCUUUCUU